AUGGAGUGUGACUCGGCCCUGGGGCUGCAUUAUCCAGCCUCCUCCUCCUCCUCCUCCUCCUCUCCCCCUCCUCCUCAACCUGCAGUGCAGAACUUUCCUGUGAUCUUCACAAACACUCCGGUGAGAGUCUGCAUACACGCCCAGAGGCACGAGAUGGGGAGGAGGGUGAGAGUAGCAGAGGGGAGGCAGCCACCACUGCAAUGUGGCUGCCUCUGCAUUGAGAGUGGUGGCAGCUUCUCCUUGAUCUCUGCCACUGGCGUGUGGCCGGAGCCGGCAACUCUUCACCCAGGACCACUGGGAUGCGGCUUGUCUAGGGACGACACACUCGACAACCUUGUCCACAUCGAAUCCAGUUUAGCAGGGCAGCUACAUUGUGCUAAGGUUGAUUCUCCCAGCCGUCCUGAGCCUGGACUGGAUCCUGCAACACUGUCAUGGAGGUUCUGUGGUUUGGGGUUGAACCCGCAAGGUGUGUGGUCUGCUGAGGCCCUGGAGAUGUCAGUCGGGAAGAUUCCCUUCCUGGAGGCAGUGAACGGCAGCACAGUCAUGUUGCCCUGCACAUACUCAAGCUGCAUAGGCAUCGAGAACCUCUACUUCAACUGGCAGUUCAACCAAAAUGGCACCAUGCAGAGGGUUUGUGAGUCAACAAUACCAACAGAGGGAGUGGAACCUAAGGUGACCAUAUUCAAGGAACGAGUAGAGUUUGUGGGGAAGAACCAUCACAACAACAUCUCCAUUUUGCUGUGGAACAUCACCUUUGAUGAUGGAGGCCUGUACACUUGUUUUGGACGCAACCCAAAAGAGAAGGACAAGAACCACAGUGCCAUCUUUGAACUCAUUGUGGUGGAUGAGUUGAGGGUGGUGGACAAAACACUUACCAUCAUCAUAGCAUCAGCUGUGGGCGGAGCCAUCGCCUUGUUGAUGGGCUUCAUGUUGCUGAAGAACUUCACUCUCUUUGUUCUUUCCAAGCUGGAGGAGAAAAAUAAGGAGUGCCUUGUAACUUCAUCAGGGAUCGACAACACAGAAAAUGGCCUCUCAGGAUCCAAAGCUGACUCUAAGGCAACACCAAAAAAGAAAUGAGGAGGUGCAUGUAUAAAAACCACAUAUCCUCUCUGCAUAUAUUUGUAUAUGCACGUGUGUUUGGAUACUUCCCACAUUUCUUGCAAUUUGAAAACAACUCUGCCUGGCUGUGGGAGUAAACCCAUUUGUACCCAACCUUAUCAAACGUGCUUAGAAAAGUAACUGUGCAGAUUUUAUGAAAACUUACAGAUGUGCAACUCAUGACAUCAGGAUUACAAAUAAUUUACUUACUUGCGAUUGCAAAAACACCUAUCAGAAAUAAUCCAGGGCUGACUUAUUUAUGUGCUAUUUUAUAUAUACUGAAUUUCCACCCCUCACUUAAUUGUAUUAGUUUAGUUUAUAUGGAUUAUAUGGAUUGUAUGCACCCUCUUGGCUGCACCACAGACCCUGUUCAGACCUGAUAUUCACAUCUGUCCUCAGAGAUUUGAUCACAAGUGGGCAGCCCUGAUUACAGGUCUGAACGCACCCAAUGUGUCCUGAAUGUGACUUCCGAUCUGCUCACAACACUCACAUUUGGAGGUGGUCGGAGUGAGACCUGCUAUGAUGUAUGACUCGGAGACAGUGGCACUGUUUAAAAGACAGGAGGCAGAGCUGAAGAUGUGUUUGGGGGUGACAAGAAAGGACUGGAAUAGAAAUUAGCAUAUUGGAGCGACAACUCAGAUUAAAUGGUUUGGAAAUAAAGUGGUUUGG